AUGCCACCACCAAAUAAGCCUCGUCGUCGAAAUUCUCUCGUUGGUCAGUGGGAUACAACUACUAAAGUUAUUAAUGUUAAGCAAAAGUUUUACUCUUCCAAUAAGUAUACUGACGCACAAAAAGCAACAUUUACAAAAUGGGUUAAUAUUCAAUUACGUACAAUUCAUGUUGAUGAUGAAACAGCUGAAAAAAUCCCUGAAAUUAAAGCAAUUGAUAAAGAUUUUAGGGACGGUAAAAGAUUCAUUCAAUUACUUCAUGUCUUGUACGAAAAUGAUCCUGAGUUACCAAAACCCGAACGUGGUAGAACAAGACAUCAUUAUGUAGCUAAUGUUAAUAAAGUCUUGCAAUUCUUACAUAAUAAAUUGGAUGAUUCAGGUUUAGCCGCUUUACAGGCUAUAGGUCCUGUUGAUAUAGUUGAUGGAAACGUUAAAUUAACUCUUGGUUUAAUUUGGUUAAUGAUUUCAAAAUUUCAUCAAAUGAUCGGUACAUUUGAUACAAUAGAAAAUGAACUAUCAAAUGUCGAUAAUAAUUUAUCUGAAGAAAAUGUUAAAAAAGAAGGUCAUAAUAUUUGGUUAGAUAAUCUUGAAAAAUCGAUUGAUCCUUUGACCAAAUCAUUUUCAAAUAAUUUAACAAAUAUUCAAAGUAGAUUUUCUGGAAUUGACCAACUUGAUUCACCUUUGGAAUAUGAGGAAUAUUAUAAUGAACCAGAAUUUUAUCAAGAUUCUUCUGAAUCAUAUCAUUAUAAACAAGAUUCAUAUGAAACAUAUCAUGAUAAACAGGAGUCGUCUGAUUCAUAUCAUGAUUCAUCUGAAACAUAUCAUGAUAAACAAGA